AUGUCAUCCAAUAGGCCAGACUUGAAAUUUUCUGAUGUUUCAGAGGAACGUAGUUUCUACAAAAGAUUCACAACGUUACCAGAAAAGCCCUCGACCACAUUAAGAAUAGUUGACAAAGGUGAAUAUUAUACCAUCAUUGGUGAUGAUGCGGUAUUUGUUGCAGAAAAUAUAUACCAUACUCAAUCAGUUUUGAAAGAUUGUCAUUUGGACCCGGUUACGGUGAAACAAUUUAAACAACCUCUAAAGUAUGUUACUGUGUCUUUACAAGUUGUAAGUACUUUAUUGAAAACUUGCUUACUAGAUUUAGGAUAUAAAGUUGAAAUUUAUGAUAAGCUUUGGAAGUUACAAAAAAGUGCAUCACCAGGUAAUGUGGAACAAGUAUCUGAUUUGAUGAAUAUUGCCAUUGAUUCAAGUAUUGUAAUUGCUGCUUUGAAAGUUCAAUUGAAUUCAAAAGAUGGGAAUUGCGUUAUUGGAGUGGCGUUUGUUGAUACCACAGCUUAUAAGAUCGGUAUGUUAAAUAUUGUAGAUAACGAAGUCUAUUCCAAUUUGGAAAGUUUUUUGAUUCAAUUAGGUGUGAGAGAAUGUAUCAUCCAGGAUAUGUCAAACAAUGACAAUACAGCAAGUGACUUUAAGAAGAUAACUGGUGUUCUUGACCGUUGUGGUUGUGUUGUUACGACGGUGAAGAGCUCUGAGUUUUCAGAUAAAGAUGUUGAGAUGGAUUUAACUAAAUUGUUGAAGAAUGAAUUAUCAUUGUCUUUGCCAGAAAAAUAUUCGAACUUGGCUAUGGGAGCUUGUAAUGCAUUGAUAGGAUAUUUGGAAUUAUUAAAUGAACAAGAUCAACUCGAUAGAUAUGAACUAAUCGAGCAUUCGUUACAAGAAUUCAUGAAAUUGGAUGCUUCUGCUAUCAAAGCAAUGAAUCUAUUUCCACAAGGCCCUGUACAGCCUUUUGGUCCAUCAAUUUCUUCAUCAUUUAGUAACAGUAAUGGUGGUGGUAAAAUUGCAUCAUUGUUUCAACUGCUAAAUAACUGUAAGACAAAUGCAGGGACAAGACUUUUAAAUGAAUGGUUAAAACAACCUUUGACGAAUCUAGAUGAGAUAACCAAGAGACAUGAUUUAGUUGGAUAUUUAAUGGAUCAAUUAGAAUUAAGACAAAUGUUACAAACUGAGACAUUACCAGCAGUUCCAGACCUGCGUAGACUGACCAAAAAAUUGAAAAAGAGUGGAAAUCUAGAAGAUGUUUUGAAACUUUAUGAGUUCAGUAAGAAAAUACCAGAAAUCACUCAACUUUUAGAAUCAUUUUUGGAAGAAGGAUCAUCACAAUCAGAAGAGGACGUUUCAUCACUUGUAAGAUCAACAUGGAUAGAUCCUUUAUCAUCUUAUUUAGAUCCUUUAUCCAAAUUUGAUGAAAUGGUAGAGACUACUGUAGAUUUACAAGCCUAUGAAGAAAAUAAUGAAUAUAUGAUUAAAGUUGAAUUUAAUGAAGAACUUGCGAAAAUAAGGGAACAACUCGAUUCCAUGAAGGAGCAAAUAAAUAUAAUACAUUUAGACUCGGCAGAAGAUCUUGGAUUUGAUCCAGAAAAGAAACUAAAGUUAGAAAAUCAUCAUUUACAUGGCUGGUGUAUGAGAUUAACACGUAAUGAUGCCAAGGAACUACGUAAACAUAAAAAGUAUUUGGAAUUAUCGACUGUUAAAGCAGGGAUAUUUUUCAGUACAAGAGAAUUAAAAGAACUUGCUCAAGAAACAGCCGUGUUACAGAAGGAAUACGAUAGACAACAAUCCUCUUUGGUGAAGGAAAUUGUUGGCAUAACCUCAUCUUAUUCUCCUGUGCUGGAGAAGUUAUCUCAAAUCUUAGCACAUUUGGAUGUUUUAUGUUCAUUUUCUCAUGCUUCUUCAUUUGCUCCAAUUCCAUAUAUUCGACCAACGAUGCAUGGAAUCGAUUCUGAUAGAAAGACCCAUCUUAUAAAAUCGCGUCAUCCAGUGUUAGAAAUGCAAGAAGAUUUAAAUUUUAUUGCUAAUAAUGUUACAUUAGAACGUGGUGUUGGUGAUUUUAUAAUUAUUACAGGGCCGAAUAUGGGUGGUAAAUCAACAUAUAUUAGACAAGUUGCUGUGAUAUCUUUAAUGGCUCAAAUAGGAUGUUUUGUUCCCUGUGAACAAGCAGAUAUUGCUGUUGUGGAUGCUAUCCUGUGUAGAGUUGGUGCUGGUGACUCUCAAUUAAAAGGUGUUUCUACGUUUAUGGUGGAAAUGUUAGAGACAGCAUCUAUAUUGAAGAAUGCAACCAAGAAUUCUUUAAUUAUUGUUGAUGAAUUAGGGCGUGGUACAAGUACUUAUGAUGGAUUUGGUUUAGCAUGGGCCAUUGCCGAACAUAUCGCUAGUAAGAUUGGUUGUUUUGCCUUGUUUGCGACACAUUUCCAUGAAUUAACAUCUUUAUCAGAUAAAUUGCCUAAUGUGAAAAAUAUGCAUGUUGCAGCACAUGUUGAAAUGAACAGAUCGAAAUUUGAAAAUGAGGAUAUUACGUUAUUAUAUCGUGUUGAACCUGGUAUUUCAGAUCAAUCGUUUGGUAUUCAUGUUGCUGAAGUGGUUCAAUUCCCAGAUAAAAUAGUUCGAAUGGCGAAACGUAAAGCUAAUGAAUUGGAUGACUUGAAAAGAGGUAACGAAGAUGCUAAGAAGGCCAAGUUGACGAUACAGGAAAUAAAUGAAGGGAAUAAGAAACUGAAAUAUAUUUUAAAAGAUUGGGUUAACAAAGUCAGGGAAGAGGGAUUAAGUGACCCGAAUAAAUUAUCUGAAGAAGAAUGCCAACAAAAAAUACAAGAACUUCUGCGUUCCUUAUCGAAUACCUCAACAGUUUCUGCAGAUAAAUAUUUGAAAUUCAUUUCAGAAAUGUUAUUAUAA